UGUAAGAAAUCGAAUAGGAAAAUUCAGACAGCAGUUGUUCUAGACCGCUGAUUCAUCAAUUUGUAAAUCGGCAGAAAGGUAUGAUGUUGGUCUACAGACCCAGGGGGCCAAGAGACUGGCGCCUGCUUCUCUUGCUUCUGCUCGCCGCAGCCUGGAAGGCGGGGAGCGGUCAGGUCCACUACUCGGUCCUGGAGGAAGCCAAACACGGCACCUUCGUGGGCCGCAUCGCGCAGGACCUGGGGCUGGAGCUGGCGGAGCUGAUGCCGCGGUUUUUCCGAGUGGAGUCCAAAGGUCGCGGGGAUCUUCUGGAGGUAAAUCUGCAGAAUGGUAUUUUGUUUGUGAAUGCUCGGAUCGACCGGGAGGAGUUGUGCGGGCGGAACGCAGAGUGUAGCAUCCACCUGGAGGUGAUCGUGGACAGGCCGCUGCAGGUUUUCCAUGUGGAGGUGGAGGUGAAGGACAUUAACGACAACCCACCAGUCUUCUCCGUCUCAGAACAAAAGCUUUCAAUACCCGAAUCUCGACUGCUUGACUCUCGAUUUCCGCUAGAAGGCGCAUCUGAUGCGGAUGUUGGAGAGAAUGCAGUGCUUACUUACAGACUCAGUCCAAAUGAGUUUUUCAUUCUUGAUAUUAUAAACAAAAAAGACAAAGGCAAAUUUCCAGUGCUUGUUCUAGGAAAAAUGCUGGAUCGUGAAGAAAAUCCUCAGCUUCAGUUAUUAUUAACGGCAACCGAUGGAGGCAAACCCGAAUAUACUGGAUCUGUUACUCUGCUGAUCUUGGUGUUGGAUGCCAAUGAUAAUGCGCCUAUGUGUGACCGAUCCGUUUAUGAAGUUAAAAUGUAUGAAAAUUCAGCGAACCAAACGUUAGUAAUAUGGCUGAAUGCGUCUGAUGCGGAUGAAGGAAUAAACAAAGAAAUGAUAUAUUCAUUUAGUGCUUUGGUUCCAUCCAGCGUAAGAAGGAAAUUUCUAAUGAAUGAAAAAACGGGAGAAAUACGAAUAAAUGAUGCUAUUGACUUUGAGGAUAGUAACACUUAUGAAAUUCAUGUAGAUGUGACAGAUACAGGAAACCCACCUAUGGUUGGUCACUGCACUGUCUUAGUGGAAAUUCUGGAUGAAAAUGAUAAUUCACCUGAGGUGGUUAUCACUUCUUUGGCUCUUCCGGUACAAGAAGAUGCUCAGGUAGGCACUGUCAUCGCCCUGAUCAGCGUGUCUGACCGAGAUUCUGGAGCUAAUGGCCAGGUGACCUGCACACUGUCGCCCCAUGUCCCCUUCAAGCUGGUGUCCACCUUCAAGAAUUACUAUUCGCUGGUGCUGGACAGCGCCCUGGACCGCGAGAGCGUGUCGGACUAUGCUCUAGUAGUGACAGCACGGGACGGGGGCUCGCCUUCGCUGUCGGCCACGGCCAGCGUGUCCGUGGAAGUGGCCGACGUGAACGACAACGCGCCGGCAUUCGCGCAGGCCGAGUACACGGUGUUCGUGAAGGAGAACAACCCUCCCGGCUGCCACAUCUUCACGGUUUCCGCGCGGGACGCGGACGCGCAGGAGAACGCGCUGGUGUCCUACUCGCUGGUGGAGCGGCGGGUGGGCGAGCGUGCGCUGUCGAGCUACGUGUCGGUGCACGCGGAGAGCGGCAAGGUGUACGCGCUGCAGCCGCUGGACCACGAGGAGCUGGAGCUGCUGCAGUUCCAAGUGAGCGCGCGCGACGCGGGCGUGCCCUCGCUGGGCAGCAACGUGACGCUGCAGGUGUUCGUGCUGGACGAGAACGACAACGCGCCCGCGCUGCUGCCGCUGCCUGGGGCGGGCGGCGCGGGCGGCGCCGUGAGCGAGCUGGUGUGGCGGUCGGUGGGCGCGGGCCACGUGGUGGCGAAGGUGCGCGCGGUGGACGCGGACUCGGGCUACAACGCGUGGCUGUCGUACGAGCUGCAGCCGGCGGCGGGUGGCGCGCGCAGCCCGUUCCGCGUGGCGCUGUACACGGGCGAGAUCAGCACGACGCGCAGCCUGGACGAGGCGGACUCGCCGCGCCAGCGCCUGCUGGUGCUGGUGAGGGACCACGGCGAGCCGGCGCUGACGGCCACGGCCACCGUGCUGCUGUCGCUGGUGGAGAGCGGCCAGGCGCCCAAGGCCUCGUCGCGGGUGUUGGCGGGCGCCGCUGGCGCGGAGACGGCGCUGGUGGAUGUCAACGUGUACCUGAUCAUCGCCAUCUGCGCGGUGUCCAGCCUGCUGGUGCUCACGCUGCUGCUGUACGUGGCGCUGCGGUGCUCGGCGCCGCCCAGCGAGGGCGCGUGCGGGCCGGGGAAGCCCACGCUGGUGUGUUCCAGCGCGGUGGGGAGCUGGUCGUACUCGCAGCAGAGGCGGCAGAGGGUGUGCUCUGGGGAGGGUCCGCCCAAGACCGACCUCAUGGCUUUUAGUCCCAGCCUUACCCCGUGUCCAGUACCAGAUGUGCAAAGGGAAGAACAGUCUAGUGGAGAGGACUACUCAAGGAAGGAACACCAGAAAAGACAAUUGUGGCAGGAGUUUAAGCAUGGCAUUGCCUUCAGUGUUAAUACUUCCUAUGGCCAGUCUCUAACUCUCAGAGAUUACAAACGAAAGGUCUUAUACUAA